AUGGCUGCAACUGAUAAACGUGUGGGUGUGUUAGACGAGUUACUUACAAUUAUUCGCACCGUCAAAAUUUAUGCAAUGGAAGAUGAUUUUCGUAACAAAGUUGUUGUUGCUCGUGAUAAUGAGUUAAAUGAGCUUAACAAUUAUAUUAUCGCUUUUACUGCUAUUAUUUUGUUUAAAAAUCUUCUUCAUAUCCUUAAUGAAGCACCAUCAAUCAUUAUUAGCAUUACCCAAGUUUCAAUAUCUCGAAUCGAAGAGUUUUUAAGAGAAUCCGAAAUUGACAGCAAAAUUGUUGAAAAUAACAGUGUCAUUUUGGAUAACAAUAAUUGUAUUGGGUUUGAUAAUGCCACUAUACAAUGGACAAAUAAUAAAGGUCCAAAUAAAUUCGCAUUGAUUAAUUUGAAUAUCCGUUUUCUUCCCGGAAAGUUAUCAAUUAUUUUUGGUCCUUCUGGAUGUGGAAAAAAUUUAGGAAAUUUAACGUCUGGCGAUGAAACUGAAAUCGGUGAAAAUGGUGUCGUACUUAGUAAUGGUCAAAAACAACACUUUUGCCAUGAUGCUUAUAUGACAGUAUACAUUAAAGAUGGUCAAAUAGAAAAAAUAGAAUAUUCACACAAUAACCUUUUAGAACAUGAACGUAUUGAAGAGCAAUCCUGUGAAUAUCUCGAAUUUGGUACCUCCGAACCUCAAAAAUUGAUCACAGAGGAAAUAAAAGCUGAAGGGAUGGUCAAUUGGGGAGUUUAUGCUACUUAUAUGAUUAAAUCAAAAAAAAGAAUUAUGUAUUUAGCACUGGAAGGUGAACAAAAAAUAAUCGUUAGUCUUGGUCCUUUAUUAAAUGAAUGGCCUACUAUGGGAGAUAUUCAGGUUAAAAACCUUGAAGUACGAUACUCGAUUAAUGAUCCUCCUGUAUUAAAAAAUAUUUCAUUUCACGUAAACCCUGGAGAAAAGAUUGGAAUUAUUGGAUCUGGAAAGUCCACUCUGGCUAGAUCUUUUAUAAGAUUAAAUUCAAACAAUGGCCAGAUAAUUAUUGAUGGGAUCGAUAUUUCAAAAGUUGACAUAUAUGCCUUGAGACGUAAAAUUUCUAUAAUACCCCAAGACCCAUUACUCUUUAAGGAUAUUCCAACAUAUAAAAUCUACGAUGCGCUUCGGAAGGCCCAUUUAAUUGGAAAUGAUAGUUCAUUAACUCCUGAUACAAUUGUUGAUGUAGGUGGUAACAAUUUCAGUCAAGGCCAACGGCAGCAAAUUGCUCUUGCAAGAGCAAUUCUGAAUAAAUCUAAAGUGGUUAUUAUGGAUGAACUGACUGCUAGUAUAGAUUAUGAUAUAGACCGUAAAAUCCAAGAAACAAUACGUGAAGAAUUCAAAGAUUCAACUCUUUUAUAUAUUACGCAUCGCAUAGAAACUAUUAUGGAUUAUGAUAAAAUUCUAGUGCUGGACAAUGGAAAGAUCGUCGAGUUUGAUAAUCCAUAUACUCUUUUACAAAAUCCUGAUUCAGAAUUGAGAAAAAUAUGCGUAGAAAGUGGAAAGCUUGAAUCAUUGUGUAUUUGA